AUGGACUGCUCCUGCAGUACUCGCCCCUCGUCUCUGCUCCUCUCUUCCGAACCGUCCUUUCGCUUCCCUCGCUCUAAUCCCACCUCGAAUCUCAGCUUCUGGAUACCUAAAGAUACGAAGUUAGUGAAGCAUCGUAUAGUAGUGAGGAGUUCUUCUUCUGGGUCUGAUGGAAACGGCGACGUUAAUGGGUUCCCUCUUAAGCCAAACAAACUCUUUAUGCAAGAGGCGAUUGGAGCUGAGUAUGGAGAAGGGUUUGAGACUUUUAGGCAGGACGGUCCUCUCAAAGUGGAUGUGGAUUUCUGGAAUGAGAAGCUGCAAGAUGGUUUUCUUCAAAGAAUACGUUACGCAAUGAAACCAGAUGAAGCCUAUGGACUUAUUUUCUCAUGGGACAAUGUCGUGGCUAAUACUCGAAGUUUGAAGUUGGAUGCUUGGAAGCAGUUAGCUGCCGAAGAAGGAAAAGAGAUUGUGGAGGAGGAUGACAUCCAAAGACUGAUGCUUUAUUCCGGCGCUGACCAUGUGCUGAGUAAGGUGUUGUUUUGGGAAAAGACGCAAAGCAAAAUCGACAGAUUGAAAGUCAGGCUAUCGGAAAUAUACUACGAUAAUCUUCUCAGACUCACAGAACCAAAAGAAGGAAUUAGAGAUUGGCUCGACGCUGUCACAAAUGCUCGCAUCCCCUGUGCUGUUGUCUCAAACCUGGAUCGUAAAAACAUGAUCAGUGCUCUUGAACGGAUGGGACUUCAAAAGUAUUUCCAGGCCAUAGUUUCCGAGGAAGAUGGCAUGGAAUCGAUAGCUCAUAGGUUUCUUUCCGCAGCUGUGAAGUUGGAUAGAAAACCAUCUAAGUGUGUUGUGUUUGAGGAUGAUCCAAGGGGUAUAACCGCUGCUCACAACUGUACUAUGAUGGCGGUUGGAUUAAUCGGUGCUCAUCGAGCGUAUGAUCUGGUUCAGGCUGAUCUUGCUGUUGGAAACUUUUACGAGCUCUCGGUGAUAAACCUGAGAAGAUUGUUUGCAAACAGAGGCUCUACGUUCAUGGAUCACGAGAAGCAAAUCAUUGAAAAAUCGCCGCCGAAAAGAAAGCUAACCAUUGAUACCAUAUUCUAA